AGCCCCGCCCCCAUGUGAUGUCACCACACUGGCUUCCUGCGUUGGAGCCCCUCGUUGUAUGCUGGUCCUCCGUUGCUCAGCCUAUAGAAGUAGAUGGAACCCCGAAAAGCCGGAGCCAUGACGUGCGGAGCCUGUGUCCCCAUAGCGUGCUGAGAAGAAGGCAAUAGAUGGGGAGAGGUGCAGGCAUAGAGGGGAGCGAGCGGAAACAAUGGAAGGCAAAGUGCGGGCAUCUGUGCUCUGUUAUCCAUUAGCAGACUUGUAAAGAAGGAUGUCGGAUCCCAGUUACUGGACUGCGGUCCAGAGGAGUAAAGGACCUCUGGCCAAAGGGGCUCUACUGCAACGAUCAAAGAGUUGCCGAAGCAACAACAGGAAGAGCUUGGUGGUGGGGUCCCCAUCGCCAACAUUGUCGCGCCCACUCUCUCCACUAUCGGUACCUACAGCAGGGAGCAGCCCUCUCGACAGCCCAAGAAACUUUUCUACUAGUACAUCUGUCAACUUUCCUUUUGCACGCAGUCAUGGACCACGGACUGACAGAUCUGAUGGACGUAGAUGGUCCUUGGCAUCUUUGCCAUCAUCUGGAUAUGGUACCAAUACUCCAAGUUCCACUCUUUCGUCUUCCUCCUCUUCUCAAGAGAAGCUGCAUCAACUACCCUACCAGCCCACUGCCGAUGAGCUGCAUUUUCUUUCCAAGCACUUCCGCAGCACAGAGAGCAUCAGCAAUGAAGAAGGAAUGCAACCACCAUGUAUGCGGCCUCGUUCACGAAGCCUCAGCCCUGGUCGAGCAUCAGGAAACUUUGAUAAUGAGAUCAUUAUGAUGAAUCAUGUUUAUAAGGAGAGAUUUCCAAAGGCAACAGCGCAGAUGGAAGAGAGACUUCAGGAUGUCAUCACUAACUUAUGCCCAAGUCGCACUUUACCUUUGGCUGAUGGUGUCUUAGGUUUCAUUCAUCAUCAGAUCAUUGAGCUGGUUCGAGACUGCCUCGACAAAUCAAAGGGGGCAGUGGUUACUUCCCGCUAUUUUGUGGAGCUCCAAGAAAAGCUGGAAAAGAUGCUACAAGACGCCUAUGAGCGUUCAGAGAGUGAGGAAGUCGCAUUUAUUAUCCAACUUGUAAGAAAGUUACUGAUGAUUAUUGCUCGACCUGCAAGAUUGCUUGAGUGUCUGGAGUUUGACCCAGAACAGUUCUAUCAUCUUUUAGAAGCUGCAGAAGGUCAAGCUAAGGAGGGUCAUGGAAUAAAAAUUGAUAUUCCACGCUAUAUUAUUAACCAGUUGGGUCUUACAAAGGAUCCAUUGGAAGAGAUUGUUCAACUUGACCAUUAUGACUCUGAAUCCACAAUACAGUUGGAACAUGAAGACUAUCAAGAAACUUGCAUUACGAGCACUCCUAACAAACGGAAACCAGGAGAAUGUGAUUUUGAAAACAUCAAGUUGAUCAGCAACGGAGCCUAUGGUGCAGUGUACCUGGUCAGACACAAGGAGACUAGGCAACGAUUUGCCAUGAAGAAGAUCAACAAACAGAAUUUGAUACUGCGAAACCAGAUCCAGCAAGUUUUCGUUGAGCGAGACAUUCUUACCUUUGCCGAAAAUCCCUUUGUAGUCAGCAUGUUCUGUUCAUUUGAAACCCGACGUCAUCUCUGUAUGGUGAUGGAAUAUGUAGAGGGUGGGGAUUGUGCCACUCUUUUGAAGAACAUGGGGCCCCUUCCAGUCGAUAUGAGCAGAAUGUAUUUUGCAGAGACGGUCCUGGCACUGGAAUAUCUACACAGUUAUGGGAUUGUUCAUAGAGACCUCAAACCUGACAAUUUGCUUAUCACAUCUCUUGGGCACAUAAAGCUUACAGACUUUGGCCUGUCUAAAAUUGGACUAAUGAACAUGACUACAAAUCUAUAUGAAGGACAUAUUGAGAAGGAUACACGGGAGUUCCUUGACAAACAGGUAUGUGGAACCCCUGAAUACAUAGCACCUGAAGUAAUCUUGCGGCAGGGUUAUGGCAAGCCUGUGGACUGGUGGGCAAUGGGCAUCAUUCUCUAUGAGUUUCUGGUGGGCUGUGUGCCAUUUUUUGGUGACACUCCAGAGGAGUUGUUUGGACAAGUUAUCAGUGAUGACAUUGUUUGGCCAGGAGGGGAAGAAGCUCUUCCAGCCGAUUCUCAGGACCUCAUCACACGACUGUUACGGCAGAAUCCAUUGGAGCGCCUAGGAACAGGUGGAGUACACGAAGUAAAGCAUCACCUCUUCUUUUAUUCCUUGGACUGGAAUGGGCUCCUGAGGCAAAAGGCUGAGUUUGUUCCACAGUUAGAUGCUGAAGAUGAUACCAGCUAUUUUGACACACGCUCUGAACGGUAUCAUCAUCUGGCCUCUGAAGAAGAAGAUGAUGAAACAAAUGAUGAGGAGCCCUCUGUGGAAAUUAGGCAAUUUUCUUCUUGUUCUCAUCGAUUCAGCAAGGUUUAUAGCAGCACAGAGCAUCUUGCGACACAACUCAGUCUCAGCUUCUCAUCAACUGAAAGAAGCCAUAGUGAUGAAAAAGGGGAGAACUGGGACAGAGUCAUGUCAAGAGAAGAUGAAAACAAUCAACUACACACUGAGACCAGGCUGAGGUCGUGGACUUCCUCUGGAUCCUCCUACAACUCGUGGUUAAGUGAGCGUAGUGUAAGCCCCGGCUUCCUGACCAGCACUUGCAGUCUGGAUGCCAUGCCAAAGUUUGCUUUCUCCUCUGAAGAUGAGACAUCUGACCACAAAUCCGAGAAGCCCACCUUCUCUGCACAGGAGAAGAAACGGGCAUCUUCCAAGCACACAGCUUUUUCUGAAAUUGUCAGCCUUAGCCGAACUCGUCUGCGUAGUAAUAGCACUGGUGCCAAGAAUUCUAUCACACCUAACCUGGAUCUGAGUUCAAGUCGUCGACUGCGUGGUCAGAGAGAGAGAACUGAAAUACAAAGCUCUACCCCAGGCAGACGUGUACCCAAGUCUGCAUCUGUUUCUGCUCUAUCACUGAUUAUUACUUCUGAUGAUUUUAGCAGUGGAUCUCUUACAAGCCCCGUUUCUCCACAUUCCGUCUCAUCUAAUCCUUCUUCCAGAGAUUCUUCUCCAAAUCGAUACUCCGCUGUGGCAAUAGCAAGUCUGCGCCCCCCAAUAAUUAUUCACAGCUCCGGAAAGAAGUAUGGCUUCACUUUGCGUGCAAUUCGUGUUUACAUGGGCGAAAGUGAUGUGUAUACUGUACACCACAUGGUUUGGAACGUAGAAGAUGGAAGCCCAGCUCAUGAAGCAGGGUUAAGAGCUGGGGAUCUGAUAACUCAUGUGAAUGGGGAAUCUGUUCUUGGCCUGGUACAUAUGGAUGUUGUAGAGCUGCUUUUAAAGAGUGGCAACAAAGUGUCUCUAAGGACUACCCCACUAGAAAACACUUCCAUAAAGAUUGGACCUGCCAGAAAAAAUAGUUGCAAAGGUCGCAUGGCAAGGAGAACCAAGAAGAACAGGAAAAAAGAUACUCAAGACAGGAAAUCCUCACUUUUCAGGAAGCUUUCUAAGCAGCCAUCAGUAUUACAAACAAGCAAGAGUUUUUCCUCAGGCUUCCAUCAGUCCUUGUCUUCCAGUGAGAGCCUCCCAGCCUCCCCCACCCACAGCUUGUCUCCGGGCCCCACAACCCCAAGCCGUAGCCCAGCUCCUGAUAUGCCAAUUGAUGCAGUGUCACCUCAAAGCACAUCUCCAUGUUCUAGUACACCCAGUUCUCCUGCUGGACACAUCAGACCCAGUUCGCUCCAGUGUUUAGCACCCAAGCUAAGUGGACAACGGUACAAGGUGGGACGCAGGAAAUCCACAAGCAGCAUUCCUCCAUCUCCUUUGGCGUGCACUCCAUCUUCAGUCUCUCAAGCACCAUCUUCCCCACAGCAUGCAUCUCCUCCAUUAAUCUCUGGACAUUCAAGAAGCAGCCAUAAUGUUUUCCAGGGAUCAACUUUGUCACCCCCAACAGUUGUUCGCCAAGGAGCAAGAGGUCGGACGACAGAGCCUCCUCGUUCACCUUUGUUAAAAAGAGUACAGUCUGUAGAGAAGAUGGCUGCCCACUUUGCUAUUGGACGCAAAACAACACCUCCAGACAGCCAUCAGUGUGGUGAGCUACUUGAGACAUCUGAAAGUUUGACAGAUGCUGCAAACCAUUGUAAAGACUGGGGAACAGAUAAACAUGAGCGGGAUCAAGAAGUAGUAGUAAUGAGGAGGCUUAACCUCUCAGAACGCAGAGACUCCUUCAAAAAGCAGGAAGCUGUGCAAGAAGUAAGUUUUGAUGAGCAAGAUUCAGGGGAUGGCGAGGUGGUCUCUGAAGGGCAAAAGGCAGGGGGCAAUUUGGUGCUAUGGGAACGGUUACCUCACCAAACUUCUUGGGUUCAAGCAAGACCUGCAAGUGUAUCAUCGAUAUCUACAGUCCUGGAGCAGCAGCAUCGCUUGGUUCCACAAAUAGCUGUUCAGACUUCUGAAAGUGAUGAACAAGAAGGGCACUGGGAAUGCCAGGCUUUUUAUCCCCUACAUGCAACAGACAGUGGCAAAAGUUCUCCUGUUCCUUGGUUAUCGGAGAGUUCAGCUGCCAGUUUAGAAAGACGGGUUGAUUGUCAUGAUGCUCCCAGACAGCAGAAGUUACAGACUUCGUUGUCUAUAGCCACCUCAGAUAUGCACUUGGACAAAAAUGAGCAAAGCAAGAAAACAUGCUGAGUUAUUAUACUGGCUAUAACUCUAAGACUACAAAUGUUAAUAUGGACUGAAGGUAGUGAAGCCUUUCACAGCAGUAGUUCUUGCAAAAUACAAAGAUUUGUACUUGGGGGUUUACAUGUUAGCAAGGGAAAAAGAAUGACGUCAUCUUUUGCAAUUGUAAACUUUAAUUUAAUUUUAUUGUUUUAUACUUUUUUUACUUUACACUAUUGUAACUUUUAUUUAUAUCUUGUUUCCAGAAAGUAUGUGUUCUAUGAAUUAUGAAGAAGGCCCAAUUUCCCAAGGUUUUGUCUGCCUUUGGAUUACACCCAAAACAGCCAAUAAUGAAGUUUUAUACAGUAUAUUAGGUAGCAAGAAUAAUUUGAAGUAAGGUCAGUCAGUUCCAACCUUAAUACAAAUAAUUUCUUGUAAAUGUCUAACUCCCUGGAUUCCCCCCCCCC